AUGGAGCCAAGGCCAAAAAUCGAGAUUGUUCGUGUGCCUGCGAACGAGCGAGCUAACUUCCGGUCCCUGGACGGUGUCCGUAGCGGUUACAGCCACAUUCGUGUGGGCACGUACUGCCCGGAACCGGAAGUCAAAGUGGUAGUUUGCGACAGCAAACCACCUAUCGAACAGACACGUAAAUUCAAAAGAAAUCUGGGACCAGUCUCGAAAUUGCUGAGGCGUCGUCAUCACGCGACAUAUCUUGCAACCAAAUCCUGUGAUAACAUUUAUAGCGUGAAUAGAAGUAGUAGCUCCUUAGACUGGAGAGUUAGUCAGACGGCGAACGAGCAAGGCCUUCAAUCUCGUCAGAGCAGCAGCCUGGAUUGGAGAGUAGGAAGAUCCAUUAACAAACUGCACUGGAGGGACACGACGCGUAGCGCUGAACAGCUUUCGCGAAGCGGGCCAAUAAGCUCUGAUCACCUACAAACGCCCAGCACAAAGUCGAAAUUGAUCUCGCUGCUUCGACGACUAUCGCCGAGACUCUCUCGACCAGGGAGUAAAAAUUCUUUGCAACCGUCGCCUACGAUUUGUCCGUGGGUACAGGUAGAGUACUCGUCGGAAUCGAUCAACGAUGGGAUACGAGAAGAUCCGCAGGAGAGCGACGUGAGUUUCCAGAGGGAAUUGCAACUGAACGAGCUGAGAAAACGAAUGGCUGGGAUUCCAACCACUUCUCAGGUCACCACGAAAAUCGUUAGGGACGGCAAGGAACAAGAGACCUCCUCGCAGCCAAGGAUACAAGUGCAACAAUCCGAUAACGACUGUAGUACCACCUCCAAAUCUGUGCACGAGGAGCGCGGGGACGAGGAUCGUCGUCGAGCUAGCGGGCAAACACGCGGCGGCGGCGAGGUAGCGGGCCUGGAGGACGUCGGCGACUGCUGCGCCGCGACGCUGACGCCGUCGGUCCCAGGCGCCGCCGGCAUCAGGUCGAACCGCCGCAUCAGGCCACUUUCUUUAGCAGUGCAACCGCUAAAUUACCGCCGCCUCGAUCCGGACCCGAAAAUCGCCAUCGACGUCGUCACCAGCCAUCAUCCUAACAUGACUAGCCAGGAGAGCAUCGGCAGCUGCAGUCUGGACGUCGACCAAUCCGCGUCCGACCGAUCAGAGAACACCGUAGACACUAUAUCGAAGAAGACGUUGCAUAGUCUGAAUUUAUCCUGCAACGGUGACUCGGUGUCUUCGCCGAAUAAUCUGGCAAACGGUAGCAGCGAGACGCUGCAGAAGUCCCACCUGACGCCAGAUGAGAAAUUGAACGUCAGCAAUGGUAAUCGAAGCAGUCCAGAGCCAGAGCAGCUGACAGUGAAGAAACCAAGCUACUUGGGCCUGGCCUGCAGCAUCAGCGGCUAUUCAGGGAUCAAUAGAUACGACAGCAAACUCAGGGAGGGAUUUCGAUCGAGGGACAGCAGCCCUGGGACCAGGUUGAUCACCCGAGACACCAGCCCCGCGGGUUUCAGAUCAAACGAGAACCUAAACGUGCACCCCUAUCCGCCUAAGAGUCAGUCGAUCUCGCCCCUCGCAAUGGACAGACAAAACGGUUUCUCGAACGGUCUGAAGGAGGAGUGCAAGGUAGAAGCUUACAGAGAGACUAGAAAUUCGAUAAGCAUAUGCCAGGGCUACUCUGAAGUGGACAAAGGUGUGAUGCACUCGGGAUUCGCCGAUAUUAGCCCGAUCAGACCCACCACCCCGGCGAAACGCAGUCCAGGGAUGUCACAGAUGAUGUCCUGCAGCCAGCAGAACAAACAUUUCUCAGGAUCGUCUCCGAAGCAAGCAACUGCUAAUAUUUCUAAUACUUCGUUUAGCGACACGAGUAUAUUAAACGGUUCUUCGGUGGAGAUAGAGAAUCAGGUAUUGAGCAAUUCAUCGAGCAGCGAGAAAUCCUUCAUUCAGCAACGAGUAGAACGGCUCUACGGUCCUGGUGCGUUGGCCCAGGGCUUCUUCUUCAAGCGUAGCACCAGCAGAUUGAACAGCAGCGACACCAGUUUCAACAAGUCCAGCAAUAACAACGACGUAUCGACAGAGAACGCCAACACCGAAGAAUCCUUGAAGAAUCUACCUGUUCUGAGACACCUGAGACCAGAGUUUCGAGCUCAGCUACCCGUAGUCAGUCCUAGGAGACCCACCGACGGCUCGGAACAAAUUCUGAAGCCUUUGCAAAGGGUAACACCAGUGUCAAGGAAGGUCGAGCAGAAACCAAAAAUCCCAGCGGCAACGAAACUAGAUGGGAAUCUGGCGGACAGCGGAGCGCAGAAGCUGAAUUCUAGCGUGACCAGCAUCCCGGAUCAGCAGCCGGCUGCGCCAAAAGUAGUCUUACCUGUCUUAGAGCCGAGCGCCAGCUCGUCGAACGUGGUGAAACAGGUUCAGGAGGCGGAGAAAACGGCCGAGGAGAAAAAUGGACAUUACUUCAUGAAGUUGCUGAAACAAGAGACAGACAGGCUUCUCUCGUUAGCCGCGUCAGCGGAAGCGGAGUUGGCCAGCGGCGAUACUGUUGCACUUCCGGAAGAGGCAGCCGGAAAACUGCGCUCAGCUGCGGGCAAGGCUCGAUUGUUGGCUUCGCAGAAGAUGCAACAGUUCGAGGGACUAUGUCAGAAAAAUAUUAUUCAGGUGCCUGGAGAGGAAUUCCCCACGACGAACGAGGAUCUGGCUGGAUUCUGGGACAUGGUGAUGCUGCAGGUGGUCCAAGUAAACGAGCUGUUCGAUCAUAUCGAAAAGUUACGAAAUUCUCAGUGGCAAGAGACCGUGCCAGAAAAGAAAGCAGCGACCGCUGGUCCACAAAAUGGUAGCACAGUGAAGCGUCGCGUGACGCCGAUCCACAAGCCGAAAUCGACGGCGAACAGCGAGGCGAAUAAGAAGGCGAGGGAGGCGAGGGAACUGGCUCGAAGGCAGCUGAUCGAAGAAAGAAGGCGAGCGAUGCGCUCGAACGCGCAGAAUUCCGAGAAUACCGUGAAGAUCUUCGCCCCCGAUACGUAACGAUAAAAAUGGCGGCGGGUCUGUCGAGCGAAAUCAGUAGCAGCGUUUUCCGGUGACGCUUAUAAACGC